AACAAAGCCGGGCGAGAUGGUGUCUCAGGGGAUUCAGCUCAUCGGUAUAUCACUGUCUGUGAUUGGCUGGUUCCUGGUCAUCGUGGUGUGUGCCAUGCCCAUGUGGAAGGUCACUGCUUUUGUCGGGGCCAACAUCAUCACGGCUCAGACCAUCUGGCAGGGCAUGUGGAUGAACUGUGUGGUGCAGAGUACGGGCCAGAUGCAGUGUAAGGUCUAUGACUCCAUGCUCGCUCUGGCCCCGGACCUGCAAGCCGCUCGUGCCAUGAUCAUCAUCUCCAUCCUGAUUGGGAUACUCGGACUGUGCAUGUCCAUUGCUGGAGGGAAAUGCACCAACUGCAUCGAUGACGAGCGAGCCAAGGCGAAGGCUUGCAUCGUGGCUGGAGUUUUGUUCAUCGUCUCCGGGUUGCUCUGCCUUAUCCCCGUCUCCUGGUCCGCCCACACCAUCGUCAGAGACUUCUACAACCCGUUAGUGAUCGCAGCCCAGAGGUACGAGUUGGGAGCGGCGCUUUACAUCGGCUGGGGGGCCGCGGCUCUGCUGCUGAUGGGAGGGGGUUUACUGUGCUGGAACUGCCCACCCAAACAUGAACACCCCCACUACGUCCCCAAAUUCUCUCCUGUGAAGUCAGCCUCCACAUCAAGAGAAUAUGUAUGAGGAGGACAGAGACUCUUAAAGGGCCACAGGAAUGGAAACUUGCUUCAAACGUUAAAAUAUUUCUAACAAUGCGAUCGGUUUGGCACGAGCUGAACGCUGAGUUUGAUUGUAGUUUGUGAAAGCGUCAUGACCUUUCUCACAGUGGUUGUUUGUCUUAUCCAGCAAGGUAUAAAUAUUGGAUUCAUAACUAAGACUUGGAAUAUUAUUCUUAUAAACCCAUGUAAAUAUUUAAUCAGACUGUACUACAUAUUUCACAUAGAUUAUCUCAUUUUUCACUCACAUGGAACAAACACAACAUGUAGAGCGAACACAACAUGCAGCUAUCUUAAUGCACGUCUUGGACUUCUGUGGAAUAAGAAUGUAAAAUGGUGUCAGAAAUGUUUUUUUUUCUCUCGCAUGUCUCGGUUUCUUUUUGCAUUUUCACACAACCUGAACAACAUUUCUGUAUUUCAUUGUGUUGUAAUGUUCUGUCACUGUAAAUAAAAUGUUUAUCUA